CUCUCUCUCUCUCUCUCUCUCUCUCAUCAAUGGCAGAGAAGCUAGCUCUCCCUCUUCUUCUACCAGGCCCACCUCCAUCAAAGCCCAUAUUCCAAGAAGCCCAAGCCCAGCAACCUCAAAACCCUUCUCCUUCUUCCCCUCUUUCCCCUCUCCUCCAAGAACUCCUCCUUCCCCACCCUCCCACCAACCCCAAUUCCAAACCCAAUCCCAAUCCUCACCAUCCAAUCCCCCAAAGAAGAACACCCACUUCCCGAAAACCUCGUCUCGGCAAAUCCCUCGAUCCUAACCGUGGAAAGCCCUGGUCCACUGAGCGCGUCUCCAUCAACGGCCAGCAAGUCCUCCACACUCUCCUCAAUUCCAACACCCCCAAUCCCGACAUCGACGGCAUCCUCCGCACUCUCAUCCUUCAAGGUGAGCAACAAUCUCUGCCCUCUGAUCUCUUAGGCAUAAUCAAGGCCUUAGGUUUCCACAAGAAGCAUGAAAUCGCCCUUUCCAUCUUCGAAUGGAUGCGGCAACAAACGCAUCCCGACUCGUUGUUGGGUGGCCCUGUAAUUGCCGUAAUCGUUAGCAUCCUCGGCAGCGAUGGACGGGUCUCCGUCGCCGCAUCUUUGCUUCAGACCCUUCAGAAGGAGGGCCACUCCAUCGACGUCUACGCUUAUACUUCCCUGAUCACAGCCUGUUCGAGAAAUGGACGGUAUCGGGAAGCCGUAUCCGUCUUCGAUAAAAUGAUUGUGGAUGGAUGCAAACCCACGAUUAUAACAUACAAUGUCAUCCUCAAUGUGUUUGGGAAAAUGGGUAUGCCAUGGAAUAAGAUUCUUUCGCUUGUAGAAGAUAUGAAGAGUGAUGGGAUUUCGCCCGAUUCUUACACGUAUAAUACUCUUAUAAGCUGCUGCCGACGCGGGUCUUUGCAUGAAGAGGCCGCUUCGAUCUUUGAGGAGAUGAAAUUGAUUGGUUUUGUUCCGGAUAAGGUCACUUACAAUACUUUGUUGGAUGUAUACGGGAAGUCCCGUAGGCACAAGGAGGCAAUGGGUGUUUUGAAAGAAAUGGAGGCUAACGGGUUUGUUCCGAGUGUAGUGACUUAUAAUUCGUUGAUAUCAGCAUAUGCGAGAGAUGGGCUGUUAGAUGAAGCAAUGGAGCUGAAGACCCAGAUGGCAGAAAAGGGGAUUCGGCCUGAUGUUUUUACUUACACAACGCUGUUGUCGGGGUUUGAAAAGGCUGGGAAAGAUGAAUUCGCAGUCCGGGUGUUUGAGGAAAUGAAGAGUGUGGAGUGCAAACCGAAUUUGUGCACUUUCAAUGCAUUGAUCAAGAUGCAUGGGAAUCGGGGGAAGUUUGCGGAGAUGAUGAAGGUUUUUGAGGAGCUGAGGUUGAGUGGGUGUUCCCCAGAUAUUGUAACAUGGAACACACUGUUGGCGGUAUUUGGGCAGAAUGGGAUGGAAUCUGAAGUGUCGGGGGUGUUCAAGGAGAUGAAGAAGGCGGGGUUCAUACCCGAGAGAGACACAUUCAACACUUUGAUUAGUGCUUACAGCAGGUGUGGAUUGUUCGACCAAGCCAUGGUGAUUUAUGAGAGAAUGCUUACUGUUGGCAUUGGUCCAGAUCUUUCAACUUACAAUGCUGUUUUGUCUGCUUUGGCUCGUGGGGGGCUUUGGAAACAAGCCGAGACGAUACUUGCUGAAAUGAAGGAUGGACAUUGUAAGCCCAACGGACUUACCUACUGCUCGUUGUUACAUGCUUAUGCCAAUGGGAAGGAGAUCAAACGGAUGUGUGCUCUUGCGGAUGACAUAUAUUCAGGGGUUAUUCAACCACACUCCAUGCUUCUAAAGGCACUAGUUGUAGUUAAUAGUAAGUGCAACCUUCUAUCUGAAAUGGAGCGUGCUUUCUUGGAGUUGCGAAGAAGAGGUUGUUCCCCCGAUAUAACGACUCUCAAUGCCCUGGUCUCCAUCUAUGGGAGGAGGCAGAUGGUCGCGAAAGCAAAUGAGAUCGUGAAUUUCAUGAACGAAAGCGGCUUCACACCUAGCUUGACAACGUACAACAGCUUGAUGGAUAUGUAUGGUCGGUUGGGUGAUUUUGAGAGAUCAGAAGAAAUCCUCAGGGAAAUCCAGGCAAAAGGAAUAAAGCCCGAUCUUAUUUCCUACAAUACUGUCAUGUAUGCGUAUAGUAGGCGGGGUCAUAUGCGAGAUGCCUCACGAAUAUUCUCGGAACUGACUGCUGUGGGUCUUCAUCCUGACAUCAUAACUUUUAACACCUUCAUCGCGAGUUAUGCAACCCAUUCAAUGUUUGUGGAGGCUAUUGAUGUGGUGCGGUACAUGAUCAAACAACGUUGUAGGCCAAAUGAGAACACAUAUAAUUCAAUUAUAGAUGGUUACUGUAAGCAUGGUAGAAGAGAUGAAGCGGUUGCAUUCGUUCAUAAUCUUCAGAAGCUUGAUCCACAUGUUUCAAAGGAGGAAGAAUAUCGGUUAUCUGCCCGAAUAACAAAAAACUAGCUUUGAGUCAUCUUUCGAGAAUGGGUUGACAGAUCAAAUCAUGCUUCAUCAGAUCCGUGGUUGCCAUUCUUUAUUCUUAUGUUAUUUAUUGUGCAUGGUUGCACAUGAGAAGAACUGGGUUCCUUUGUACAUGAUAGCCUUAACAGCUGGGAGCUUAACAAGCUUUGGGUGAUUUAUGAUCUAAAACAUACAUGAGUUUUGAAGGCAUCGAGUUUUAUACUGAUUGUCAAUAUCUGUCAAGAGUGCAAGCCUAGCACAUUUCCGAGGGAGAAGAUGGUGAAGAAAAUGGAAUCUCUUCAAUGGUACGUAUACCUGUAUAGCAAUACGAUAAAUAUCAAUCUGUGCAAAUAGAACUGCACUGACUGUUGCUUCUUUGUUUCAUUCUACCACACUUGGUAGACUUAAAAGUAUUAUAAUUGUAUUUCUACCUGAAAAGUGUAGUAUAAUUGCAUUUUUGAAUUGAUGAAUUAUUAAUUACA